AUGGGAAACGUGAACUCGCAGGCUGAUGUACACGUUGCACAGCGAUUCGGAGACGGACCGGGAAACGAUGCACCGGAGGCACGGGUGCUGGGGCCUCGUCCGGUACCAGCUGUGGAAACGAGCCCCGGCAACCUCGUGCCCCAGCCCGGUGCCGUUGACGGGUUGCCUCCGACCGGCACGGUUUCCUGGCAACGACCUGGCGGCGAUGUGAAUCAGGGCUCGAGUUCCGGACUCCGCUGGCUGCAGGGUGGUGCGGAGCGUUCCACACAGCCGGUUCCGACCAUGGUUCACGCGUACACCAUAAAGAACGACUUGAAUGUUCGGAAGAAGAGUGUACGCCUUGUUAGAGAUCCCGAAAAUCCACAGCAGUUUUUGUUGGAGUUUGUUUUUGACGCAACGUGCUCGGGCCUCUGCACAGUCUUCUUCAUGGCGAAGGACCUCACGAACCGCACAACGCGCGUUGAGCAGUUCCAUGUCGAGCCGCUGGAGCCGGUGCCCCCAGUACCUACCCCAUUCGAGGCCGGUAUGGGCCAGCGGUACCGCCAGAAUAGCCACCGCGGUUUCGUGCCCAGUCGAUAUCGCGAGUCGUUUCUUUUCGAACAGAACCCGGCCAAACUCGCCAAGCAUCGAUACCCGAUUGUGAUUCUGCUGCAGCGCCUUGAGAGCGCCGAAGAUCUCGCCAAGAGCGGCCACAGGCAGGUACAACAGUCUGCGGGGCGCUCGACGGACACAGACCCCAAUGGAGGCAGCCUCGUGCGUUUCCAGGCCACAUACGUGACGCUGUGCAUGCCACCGAAAGGACUCGAGCUCGCUGACGAGAUCCCGGUCAAGGUCGUCCAACAGAAAAUCCUGGUAGACGGCACCAUUUACGAGUUGCAGGAGAUCUACGGCAUCGAGGAGCGCAUGGCCUCUGCAGACGAUUCCGACGCUGCAGCCGCUGAAGCAGAACACGAUGAUCUCUGUAUCAUUUGCAUGACGGACCCGCGGGAUACCACGGUGCUGCCGUGUCGCCACCUGUGUCUCUGUGUAGACUGUGCACAGUUGUUGCGCGUGCGUAGCGAUCGUUGCCCCAUCUGUCGUUCACCUGUAGAUUCACUUUUGCAUAUUCGGAAUUUGCGCGCGAACGCCCGCUAA